AUGCCGGCGCCAGCGCCCAAGAGCAAUAACGCGCAGCAUCAACCUCUCACGACUAUUCUACGUAAUAUCAUACUUGAAUACCCAGCUGGCGGCGGUGUCCUGCGUGAGCUUUGCCAGAACGCCGACGAUGCCGGUGCCACUACCAUCGAGUUCGUGCUGGACACGAAGACCCACAUAACCACGGACAUUCUGCACCCAGAUCUAGCGGAAUACCAAGGGCCUGCACUGUUGGCAUAUAGUGAUAGCAUGUUUACCGAAGAAGAUUUUGGUUCAUUGAGCCGUAUUGGUGACAGCAGGAAGGCUAGUGACAUGAGCGUAACAGGGAAGUUUGGGAGGGGGUUCAAUAGUGUGUAUAAUUGGACAGAUACACCCUCUAUUCUCUCCGGCGGGGACCUACUUAUCCUUGACCCUCAUCUCACAUGGUCCAAGGACGUCUCUCCACAAUCGCCUGGGGGGCCCCGUUGGGACUACGUAAAAGACAUUAAGAACGGGUGCGAAAUGGGGAAUCAACUCUCUGCCUUCUCAAGCAUUAUCAAGGACUUCGACAACCCAUUUCUCGGGACAAUAAUCCGACUUCCACUUCGUACAUCGCUGGAGAGUAAAAUUGUUCCAGGCAAGUCCACAAGCCAGGAGGAUAUACUAGAGGUGUUUGAGAAGUUUGCGAAAGAGAUAGUAGACAGCCUACUAUUUCUAAGGAACGUGAAUACUAUCGUGAUGCGUGUGGAUUCUCCUGAAAGUGAUAGCUUCUAUGCAAAGGCUGUGGUAACGGCUGAAGGAAGGGACGGUGUCAACAAGGGAUUUAAAGAGGUAUUUGUAGAGCAGAUUGAGGAGGUGUAUGAGAAGGAUUUCGUUAUGGAAAUUGCCUUAGAGACCAUCAAAGGCGAGGAGAAGGCUGUGAUGGCGGAGAAAUUUAUAAUCAGUCAUUAUAUGAAGAAAGAAGCGGAAAACAAGCAGUUGCAGGAAUGGGCGAGGGAGAAGAAGCUCUUUUCCUGGGUUGCUAUCGCGACACCGGUUGAGGCAACUAUGCCAUUUAACGGCCGCCUAUUCAGCACCCUUCCUCUCCCAGUGCAUACCAAGCACCCAGUUCACAUCCACGGACUCUUCUCCGUCACACCAGACCGCUCCAACAUCCAUGCUGGCGGUGACCGGACUAUGUCUGAUACUUCUGAAACGAAGCUCGGAGCAUUUUGGAAUACCUGGCUCUUUCGAGAGUGCCUCCCACACGUGUGGAUACGAAACAUUGAUUUCCUGAAUGGUAUGCCUGAAAGAAAACACACGGGAUGGGACUUCUGGCCGGCUGGCAUACAGGGUGAAGAGCAAGCCGGGCAGCUGUGGAUGGGAGUUUUGAGUCUGGUUUUUCAGAGGAUUGUUGAAAGAGACUUGAGAUUGUUACCAACUAUAUGUGGGCGUGUUGGCAAAAAAAAGGAGGUUCUAUUUGCAUCAAAUGUUGGAAAAGCCAUCAGAGAUGGUCUAAGUCAAGCAGGGUGCCUGGUUGUGAUACCGACAGAGGACAGAAGAUCCGAGUUGUCAAAGCUCAAUGUCAAGGAUUUGGGGUUCGAAGAGCUUACUGUGGCCACAGCUAGAGACCGUUUGUCGAAACUAAAAGAUUCAUUGGAAAAUCUCACUCCUGAAAAUAGGGGGGUUCUGCUGGACUAUGCGCUAUCAAGUGGAGACUAUGGGACGUCCCUCGGAUUCUUCCAAGCUCCUCUUCUUCCAGUCUCGAACGAUAAAUUUUGCAGUUUCGAUCAUUCAGAACAGAAACUAUUUUUCCCAGUCACGAUGAAGGAGACAGAGCUAUUCAAGCGCUAUCCUAGGAUGAUCGAUCGUAAGAAAUUGUCUCCCGAGACAUAUCAACAAAUGAAAAAAAAUAUUAAGGAACUUGAUAAUGCAACGUGCGUAUCCACCUGGACAAUAGCAGAGGCAGCUUCCUACUGUAAGAACUACAUUUUCACCAACCCUCGCCCCGCCCGGAACGCCAAUUUUAUCACUCUAUCAUCUCCUGAAUCUAGAAAACUCGUCGAGCUUUUCUGGGACUGGAUUGGAAAUAUAGGUAAAAAUAAUCACAAACAACUUUCGGCGAAUCUAGCUGUGCUGGACGGGCUAUGGCUUAUUCCUACCAUGGGGGAUGGUGUUUAUCAUAGGAUAUCAACUACAGAGAGGAGAUUUUCUAUCUUGGAUGUCUCAAAUCUUGGAUAUAUUGGCAGAUUUCUGAAGGGCGCAGCAUGGGACCUUCAUGUACGUGAUGGAACAAAGUACCCUAUUUAUACUGGGGAAGUGUUCUCGACUUUUACGGAUACGCUGCGUGAUUUGAGGUAUAUAGAUGAUUCAGAGAACGUGGAGUACCUGAUUAGCUGGCUUUUGGAGAACUCAACAAAUUUUGUGGACCGAUUGCCUGAUGAGUCGAAGGUCAAAGUUCUGGAGCACUUGGGUAGAGAGAUCAAAGUGAACAUGAAAGAGGCAGUUCCAAUAAGCGCUAGUACUGAUGAUGUUUCAUCAAAUCAACCGUGGAUCUCCCUGAGAGACGGCUUCACAUAUAUCGGCAUCGAUGAGAUCCCGGUGAAGUUAGAUGCGGAUCAUACGAAAUUUAUCGAUACUAGUCAAUACACCGGGGGUCCCAUACUCAGUAUAGGGCUAAUGCCUUGCCCCUCCAUGGGGAAGAUAAUUGAGGACUUCGUUAUACCGAAGAUUAAUACAACGAGAGAUCCCCUCUUGCGAGUUCAACUGGUCACUUUUGCGCUGGCAAAAUUUGAGGAAUUAUCGGAUGAAUGCAAGCAACAACUUAGUAGAACAGAGAUUGUACCUGUUGACGAAGAUGGAGAAGUGCAGAAGUGUCCAGCAGACGUGGUCGAUAGAAGCCUCGAAGAGUACUUUUUCCCAGAGGAACUUCGGAUACCAUCUUCAAAAUUUUAUAAUAAGUAUAUUUCAGCACUCAGAGAACUUGGGAUGAUAUCAAAAAUAGAUCACAAGUUUGUGCUUGACAGGAUAUUGGAAUAUUCGCAAAAAUCCCACACAACACAGGAAGUUCAAGAGAAGGCAGAAAAGCUAAUCACGAAUUAUAAACCCCGCGAGGAGCUUCCCGAGGAACACCUAAUUUGCGAAUGGAUUCCAGCUUCCUCUGGGGAGAAAGAUGGGCUUUAUAAUGCUGCAGAAUGCAGAGGUUUAAAGCACGAAGCCUUGGUUAAGUACGCAAUGCCUGUCAUGAAAAUACCUGUCUCUCAGGAAUGGGAGAGGGUCUUGGGCUGGGACAAACCGCUUCCAGCAAAGUAUAUUUUGCGGCAACUGAAGGGUGCGACAAAGGCCAGGGAUAGCACAGCACUGCGAUUCUUAAUUACUUAUGAUCAUAAGUUCGGCACAUUAAUAGAGAGCAAGAAAGAUUUUAUAGAAGAUGAAUGGGUCCCUGAUACCCGUGGAUUCUAUCAUAGAGCUUGCGAUGUUUUCCCCCACGAUCUUCCAUACGGUGAUCUUUCACCGUAUUUUGGGACUCUGUCGCCGAAAUUCCAGCAAAGUCCAUUAUGCAUGUUUUUUCUUGAGAAAAUGGGGAUGAAUAAUAUGCCAACGUUUCGCCAGUUGAAAGAGCUCCAAGACAAGCUUGCGGAUAAAGGGCCUCUCAAUGAUAAUGAUCUUAGGGUUGCGCUUUUCAUUGUCAAAGAAGUAGGGGCAAGAUUUGCGGAGGAGUAUCUCGAUGGCUUUAAAGCACCCGACAGCGAAUGCUUGCUCCUCCCGUUGAAAGACCUUACUGCCGGUGAUCCUGGCCCUGACGACGCAGACCAAGCAGUCCUCCACCAAGAAAUCUCCCUCGAAACUAUCAAACAACUCAAGAUCGCGACGUUUCAGAACCGAAGCUUAGACUCUCUUGUUGAUCCUAACUUUGAGUUUGCCCAGAGGGAGAGUCCUGUCACUGCUAUCAGCGAUACACUGAACAGAUACGGAGCUGCUACCACAUUUAAUGAGUAUCUUGCCAACGCCGAAGAUUCUGGAUCAGCGACGAAGAUAACCUGGAUUCUUGACAAUUCUGAGGGUUAUAGUGUAGAAAAACUGAUUGACAAAGGACUAGAGAAAGCCCAGGGGCCCGCUCUGUUCUGUUUUAAUGAUGGCCAAUUUAGUGAUAAAGAUUUUAGAGCUGUCAUUGAUAUUGGGGUUGGAUCGAAACGGGAGGAUCAGUCGAAGAUUGGGAAAUUUGGGAGGGGGGCUCUGACUAUGUAUCAUUGGACCUCUGUGCCAAGCUUUAUUUCAGGCGAUUCUUUUGUGAUAUUUGAUCCAGAAGGGGAAUACCUGCCUUUGAACUCAGAAACGAGGAGGCGUCGAGCUGGAAUGAAGUUAAAGCUUAAGGACAUUCGCAAAAAAUAUCCUGAUCAGCUUCUGCCUUUUGAGGAUAUUUGUGGAUUCGACAAAGAAACGACAUACUUCAACGGGACAAUAUUCCGAUUCCCUAUGAGACCUCCAAAUUACGAGUCAACACUGAAAAAAGGAAAUAUUGAUUUCGGAAAAACACGGGAGUACCUCAUGACCUACUAUAAAGACGCGAUAAACUCUUUACUCUUCCUUGGAAAGGUCAAGGAGAUUUCCUUCUUUGAGAAGAAUUCUAAGGAACCUGUCUGGCAAGUAUCUCGGAAGGACCUGACUAUUAACGCCCAAACAGAGAACAUCAAGAGAUUCAUUAUCCACUCGCAGUGUACAACAGAUGAAGGCGUCCAGAGAACCGACAGAGAGUGGUGCGUGAUCUCCGGCAAAAAAUCUGAGGAAGACCUCGACAACGAGUUGGUAAAAGUUUCGAUAGAAAAUAGGCUAGAAGCAAGAUAUGGUCUGGCCGCAUUGAUGUCUCCACAAUUAGAAGGUUUCCGUGGUAAAAACUACAUGACUUUGCCGCUGAGAAGAUCUGGCAUAAUGGAAAUUCCGGUGCACGUGAAUGCAAAUAUGGUUGUUCAAAGUAAUCGAAUGUUAACAACCCCACUCGAAGAAUCAGAGAUGGAGGAGGGUUCGGAAUGGAACAAGUGGAUAUUGGAAGAAGGUGUUGCUAGACUGUAUCUGACCUUGGUAAUCUACCUGAUGCAAAACCACGGCGACGCUGGAUAUAAUUAUUGGCCACCAUAUCCAUCAGAAAACAGCGACGUUAUAUCAAAGACCAUAUCGACUGCAUUUUGGAAUAGACUGAGUGCGAGUCCAUAUCGUCUCUACCCCCCAGUUACGGCUGAGCAAAACCCUUCAUCUGCCGCCGGCUCGAACGUUGAGAAAUCUUUUAGGCUCAGAUUUAGCGAUGUCGUAUUCGAUCUCCUGGAGCGUGACGUUAGCAAAUUUGUUGUUCCGCUUCUUCUGAGGCUAGGGGUUCAUAAUAUUGUCUCACCGCCUUCGAAAAUCAAGAGAUAUCUUAUCGAAUGCCAGGCGAAAUCAAUGGAAUCAUUGUCUUCUAGCUAUUUCUUGGAUCAUCUCCGUCGCCAUAGCAGCAAGCUACUACAAAUCUGGAAAGAAUUCGAUCCAGAAAACGAUCCAGAAAACGAUAGAGGCCUAGACUUCUUCAAUUCGCUGUUUUUAUUUAUCUUCAAAGAUUUUUUCAAAGAUAAUAUAUCCAUACCGCCCGCGGGGGAAGUUAAGAUUCCCAAUUUGAAAGGCAGUACACUCCUACCUCUCGCAGACAAAAACUUGGGUACGUUUCGUCUCAAAGUGUCUGCCGAUUGCUAUUUAGUAGCUCGUACUCCGCAGGAACGGAGUCUAUUGGAUUUCGUUCCAAAGAUCUCUGUUCAUCCUGACUUUGACGAGGAUGUGGUCAAAAGUCUUAUAACAAGUGAUCUUAAUAUCAAAUACUUCGAGUUUGCAGAUAUCCCUAGGCUAUAUCAAGAGAUAAAUGACAGGCAAGACAGCGAGUUCCGCAUAAGAUGGCUCAAAAAAAUGUGGGAGUAUUAUGAGACAUACAUUUACCAGGACCCGGGGCAAGAGAAAAAAUGCUUAGGCGUUCUGGGAGACUUGGAGGUGUAUUUCGGAGAGCGGGUCGGCCAGAACAUUGAUACUGAUGCUGUUUUUAUUUCGCCUGCCCAAUUUUCUAGCGGCUCUUUUGCGGCCGUCUUGAGGCAACAACCCGAGGAUAUUGGUCCCGAUAUCUCUAAACUCCUAAAUUCGUUCCAGGGUCUUAUUUUGUUGGAUACAUCGGCCUUUCCGAAAAAACAGUUACCUCAAGAACAUAUCGGAAAGUUCACAGGAGCUUUGGGUUUCAACCGACUUCUAAAAUCUAUCGAGAUUCUUGCUCUUGAAACCCAACAUUCGAUUGAAGAAUACAUUAUAGAAAGUCUUAAAAGGGACGGAAUUGAGGUUUUACGGGAACUCCUUGAACCUACUAUGAUGACCGUGCUAUUAAAGGAACAGUCCCAAUCGAAGGGUUUAUUGGAACAGCUCCCAAUCUGGCCUGCCGAAACUCGAGAUAUAUCCUCGUACAGGACGGCACAGACGGCGAUGUUUGCUCCUGAUAUCGAUAUUCCUUUUGACGCGCUGCCUGAGAAUGUCGUUUUUAUCGAUGCUAGCGUUGCAAAAGCUUAUAGGUCUCAACUGGAGCAGCUCGGUGUCAAAAAAAUGAACAUCGACCAACUUCUAGCUCAAAAUGUGCGCCAGGGUCAGUCAAUUCAAGCAAACAAAAUACAACGCUACAAAACCUUUUUGAAAGUUCUCUACCGGAAUCAACCCCAACCAUUUUCAAAACACCCGUUAGCUGUCAAUGGAGAAAGAAAUUACUGCAUGGCAAAUUCCUUGUAUUGUGCAAAGGACAAAUAUUUCCGCGCAGCAUUUAGAGACCUCCAGAAAACACACUUUCUCUUCCCAGCCCUACAGGACUUGACUUUCUGGCAAGAUGCGGGGUUACGUAGAGAUAAAACAGAGUAUAAUUACUUGGAAUGUGUGAGAUCUAUCGAGCGACGGCGCAGGGAGUCAUCAAUACCCGAGUCUGACCAGCUGGUCACGGAUGCGGAAAUGAUUUAUGAAUACUUGAAAUUCGACGCCCAGGACAUGGAAAGAUGGGCUCCAGAAACUUGGCAGAUUCUGAACGACACCCCAUUCCCUGUCAAGGCACAGCUAGGCCCUUCACAUCGAGUAUCUCAAAUGAGACAGAUCCGUGGGAACAGCCGUUUUGCUAAAUUCAGGAAAGCUGUUAUCCAAGAGCAUGAGAAUAUUGCAUGGAGUCAGUGUCCAAUUUUAAGCAUCACACCUGGAAGAAUAGUUCUCUCGAGUAUCAGCCCGCAGGGCGGCGCUCCCUCUACAAAGGUUGUGCUAGAUCAUCUCAUGUUCCUUUCUGAGAACCGAUUGAAUGUCCAGAAACAUCAAAUUUCGCCUUACAUCCAAGAUGUCAAAGCAACGUAUCAACACCUGCAAGAGAACAGAACCUCGAUCAUUUCCAAGGAUCGCAAGGCCAAAAUUUGGCUUAACAUUGAAGCAGAAGACGAGUCUACUAUCACUCUAGAGGAAUUCUUUGAGUCUUGGAAAUGCAGCGAAGAUUUGUGUUUGAAUAGGAAAUACACCUCCGGUAAAGUCCAGCCUGCCCUGAGUUUCCUCGUUCCGUUUGCGGUUCUACUUGAAUAUUAUGGCGUGGAAAGGGUGGUACCUCCGCCUCUACCACCUGGACCUAUUGAAUUUGAAGAUCGCUCAGAGAUUUUGCUUGCCGCCUUUCGGCGAUUCCGACGCGAGGAGAAAUUCAUCGAUAUAUAUUUUGAAGUGGAGGGUCAAGUCCUGGGGUCUCAUAAAGCAAUUCUAGCUGCAGCGUCAGAAUACUUUGAGACUAUGUUCUCGGGAAAGUGGAAAGAGUCGACUCUCCAGGUGAUCCAGCUCUCCGAUGAUUUCAAGGCCAGUACUGUCUUGGCGAUUUUCGAUUAUAUAUAUUCUGGCGAGAUUCCCGCCCUCGAUGAAAAAGCCGAAGCCGAAGCCGAGGGAACUUAUCACCACCUAAUCUAUCAGCUAGAGCUCUCAAACCUCUGGCUGUUGGAAGAUUUGAAGAUCAAACUGGGAGAUCAGCUCUGCUCCGAACACAUGAUACGACUAGAAACCGUCACAGAUAUCCGCCAGCGUGCGAUCGACAACAAUGUCCCCAGACUUCUAUCCGUGUGUGAUGAGUAUAUUCAAAACAACAGGAGAUUGGUGCAACGGGAGCUAAGUUGUGAUGAUUCUACCUAA